AUGUUUUCCAAUGAAGAUAUAAUGAAUAAUGAAAAAUUGGCUAACGUGUGGAAAUUAGCCCACGGACUCGAAGUUUCAGAUGAAGAGCUAAAAAAAGAAAAUCUACCUGAUAUUUGUGACGAGCUGGAUUCUUAUAUAAACAGUGAAUCGAAUAAUCCUCGUAAAAGACUGUCAUUGAGAGCGUCCGCCCAUCUCCUCGCGGGGUGCGCCGAAAUGUACAAACGCCAAGUUAGUGAGUUGUUUGACGAUGUGGACAAGCUGACUAAAGACCUCAUACGGCGUCCUAAGAGAACAGACAGUUCAAGUAGUUCGGGAAGCAUUAGUUCUUCAGAAUCCGAAGCUGAGCAAGAACAAAUAAAACGAGCAAAUACCAUCAGUCAUGGCAGUUGGGAAGGGAGUCAACUAGAUUCUUCAGAAACUGCAUCUGUUUCUGAAGAAAUGAGACGAGCUAAAACUAUGGAAUUUGAUACCUCAUUUUUACCUGCAAAGAAAAAGAAAUUUCAAAUGUUACGUAAAAAUAAAAGUAAAUUAAUAGUACCAGAAAAUAUUACUAGAAGUAAAACUUCAACUGAUAGAGAAACCGGUAAAGAAUUCCAAGAAACUAGUGAAGCUACUAGCUCCAAUGAUAUUGAUCUUUUGGCACCUGAAAAUGUUAAAAAACCGGCUGAAAGGAGACGCGGAAUCACUAUCGUGGAAGAAUCAACACCAGUGCGGAAUCCUACGAUGCUUGAUAAGGAGAUUCAAGCUAAUAUCACAUCAGUCCCUGGAAGGCACUCAAAUGUAACUGGUUUUUCAGCUGAGGGUUUCAGGCAGGACCUUCCUUUUGCCUACACCAUAAUACAUGAUAAUAUAGCGAACAGAGUUCCUAGUCAAAUCAUUAUUUCUUCUAUUACUCAUAAUUUGAACUCCAAUCAUUAA